AACUCACGCGUUAAAAAAAAUGGAAACACUGAAAUUCAUUUGAAUGGAGUCGAGCUACCGUGUUUGACGGGAGCAGAGGAAGGUGGACUGGGAGACGCUUGAGCCGAUUUGAAACAGGAAAUCAUCCCAUACUGAGCAAACAGUGAUUCCCGUGAACGCAAACGCACGGAGGUUUUCGUCGGUACUCAGCGCGUUUGGAGUUCGUUUCUAGCUAACAGCUGUUCAGUGUUUUGAUUUGUUUUUUUAUUUUUUUAUUUUUUGAUUUUUUGGGGGGGUUGUUUUUGAUGCGGCAGAGUUUGAGUCGAGAAGUUUUCCCCGCAAAUGACGUGGAAUAGCACGAUGAGCAGUGGCUACAGUAGCUUGGAGGAGGACUCCGAAGAGUACUUUUUCACGGCCAGGACAUCUUUCUUCAAAAAACCGUCGGGCAAAGUCACAGAAAGCAAGGAUGUGGAGAAGGAGAGAGAGUUGCGGACGCAGUUCAGCAGGGAGGAGAUCAGGCAGAGGAUCGAGCAGUACAACUCGCUGACCAAAGACCACCUUAAAAUGACGCUGGGUUCUUCUGGUGUGUAUACUGGUUUCAUCAAAGUCCAGAUGGAUCUGAGGAGGCCGGUGACGGUGCGGGGGGGUCAGAGAGGAGCGGGAGGAGCCGUGGAGGAGGCGGCCUUUUAUCUACCGCACGGAGUCACCAACACCCUCCACAUCAGCUCCAAUAAUACAGUCAGACAGGUGAUCGUCGCCCUUUUGAACAAGUUCACAGUCGCAGACAACCCGGCCAAGUACGCCCUGUACAAACGCUACCGCAGGGAGGAGCAGGUGUACGUGUGUAAGCUGGCGGAUGGCGAGCAGCCGUUGUUUCUUCGUCUGGUGGCGGGACCCAACGCCGACACGCUCAGCUUCGUCCUGAGAGAACAGCAGACGGGAGAAGUCAUGUGGGACGCCUUCUCCAUCCCCGAGCUGCGUAACUUCCUGCGGAUCCUCGACAAGGAGGAGGAGGAGCAGAAGGAGGCGGUAAUUCGCCGCUACGAGACCUACCGCCAGAGACUGCAGGAGGCACUGAGGGAGGUCCAAGGGCCUUCUUAGAGGAUUUAACCCCCACAAAACAGGACUACUGCCCCCUACAGGGACGGAGGAGGGGAUUUUUUUUUUUUUUCCUCCUCCAGAGGAGAAAAAUGGAGUGAAUUUUUGACGGAGAGAGGGACGUGAACGCAGAACGAUGAGGAGAGGAUCCAGCGCCUGGAAGAAUGGAUGAUACAGACAGAAAGAGGGAUGAUAAAAGAUGAGGACAGAAGAGGACAGAUAAAAAACUGAGAGACGGCAAGUGAAGGACAAGCGAAUAAAGGAAUGAACGGACAAAACUCAGAUGGACGUCGCUGGAGUUUGAUCCAGACUUCAAACUGCUGCCUGCUCUGCUCUGUCUUGCCUGCAAACACCAAAGAUUCCCUUACUUGUGCCAUAUUCAUCCAUCCUGUCUCCCUCUCUCCGUCCAUCCCUCUCCUCUUCCUCUCUUCUUCUUCUUCUUCUUCUUCUCCUCCUCUCACUCUGUCCUGCUGUGACAUAAUUUAUGCAGUUUAUCUGAUUCCUCUUUGUGUCCCCCAGUUUAUAUCCUUUGAAUUUGUGAAAGACUCAAGGCCAUAUGUUGAGAUAGAGUUUUAUUUAAUUUGUUUGUUUUUAAGGUCUGUACAUAUUUUUUUCUUAAUUUAUAUGGGUGAAGCUUUGUAUUUUAUUUUAUUUUUUUUCUUUUUAAAACAAAGUCUUAUUUUAGUUUAGUCUACAGAGGCAGGGGGACAGUUUGAUUGCUGACACAGACACGGAGAAUAGUUCAUCCAGACGUCUACUAGAUGUAAACACCCAAACAACACGAGCAUCAGAUACCACUGGAUAUAAGGUUUAUCAGUUUAAAAUCACAAACAGGCCCAGAAUCUUUAUCUGUAUUUACAUGACAGGAAUACCAGAAGAAUUAGAGACUAGCCCGGAAGUACAGAAGUCUUCAUCGUGGACAAGUUUUGCUGAAUUACCCCAAGAGUUGAGAAAUAUUUCUGAAUCCAGGAAGGAACAAGUAGCUUGCAUGGAAGUGUGGAGUCUCGAGUGUGCCAAAGGAAAAAUUAAAGUCGCUUUUUGUUUUUUUAUUAUAGUUUAAACUGAUAUAUUUGUUUUGAUCUUGUUUUAACUUUAUUCGUGUUGCUUUUAGUAUAAACAGAAAGAUGGCAAAAUAAACAAUAA